AUGGCUGAAGAGAAGCUGCCCGCGGGAGCGUCCGACGCCAGCACCAGCUCUGAUGCCGCUGUGAGCGACGUUGAUAACGCUGCUUUGAAUCGUCGCGUCACCAGAAAAUGCGACAUCCGCCUUGUGCCUAUCCUCGGCGGACUUUACUUCACUGCGUUCCUGGAUCGCGUGAACAUUGCCAAUGCCAAGCUCAAUGGCUUUGAAGCGGACUUGCACAUGCCAGAUAAUGGCUACAACACUGCCAUCUGGAUCUUCUUCCUGUCCUUUGUGCUGCUGGAAGUGCCGUGCAACAUCUUUCUCAAUUGGCAUCGCAUGCAGCCAAACUACUGGCUUGGUCUGAUGAUGUUUCUACUAGGUAUCGUGUCCAUGUGCCAAGGCCUCACACAGAGCGCAGGUGGCCUCUACGCAUGCCGCUUCAUCAUGGGCGCCUUGGAAGGUAGUUUAGGACCUGGCGCCGCGCUGCUCAUGGGUCAAUACUACCGACGACAUGAGUUUGGCCCGCGAUUUGCGUGCUUCUUUGUCUGCGCGCUCGCAAGUACGGCUGUCAGCAGCUUUCUUGCAUACGCGAUUGGUCAUAUGGAAGGCGUUCACGGCAUCCGCUCCUGGCGCUGGAUCUUCAUUCUUGAAGGCAUAGCAAGCAUACUCUACGCCGCCCUGUCAUUCUUCAUUAUUCCUCCGUUUCCCAAAGACGCCAAGUUCCUCACAGAAGAGGAGCGUCGCUGCCUGCUCGAACGCCUAGAGCGUGAGCGCGGCGGCGAAAAGGUCUCGAUGCGAGACAUCAGAUGGACCAAGAUUCUCUUCAACUGGAAGGUUUGGCUAGCCACAUUCAUCUACUUUUGUGGCGACCUGUCAUCCUCCUCCAACGUCUCAUUCUCUCCGACAAUCCUUACGCAACUCAACUGGAAGGCGUCGCAAGCGCAGAUUCACCAGAUCCCCAUUUACUGCGUCGCAAUUGUGACGUCCAUUAUUGCGCAUAUACUGUCAGCCCGCGCCGGUGUGCGAUUCCCGUUUAUUCUUAUCGGGUGCUCUGUGUCGCUGAUCGGCUGGAGCAUCCAGAUCGCGCAACUCACCCACAAUCCCUCUGUGCGGUACUUUGGCCUCUUUAUGAUUUCGGCCGGCGCUUCCUUGACCAUGCCACUGUCCGUCGUAUGGUUGAACAAUAACUUGGAGGGAAGACCAGAAAAGGCUGUUGCUGCUGCACUUCAAAUGGGCUUUGGCAACAGCGCCAACUUUGUUAGCAGCAACAUGUUUAUUAAACGCGAAGCACCAUAUUACUGGACUGCCUUUACGGUGGGAACUACAUUUGCUGUUCUGGGCAUUGUGGCUACCUUAGUUUGUGCCGCUCUACUAGCGAGGGAGAAUAGAGCGCUGGAUGAAAAGGAAAAGCGUGGAGAGGCUACAGAUGGAACGGAAGAUGGGUUCAGCAAAGGAACCAAGUUCAGGAAUACACUGUAA